UUUAUCGAUAAGAGCGCGGUCUGGACGCGGCAAACUUUUGCUUGUUGCUCGACUUAUAUUUAAUUUUUUUUUGGUUUCAACUCGUCAAUUGCGAGAUGCAGGCAUUUCUGAAGACGGGAAAAUCGACGGCGGGAUCUGGCGAGAAGGGUCAGGGAGCUCCGGUGGAGCGACGCAAGCCGCCGGCACCUUGGGUGGAGAAAUACCGCCCGCGCAACGUGGACGAUGUGGUGGAGCAGUCCGAGGUGGUGGCCGUGCUGCGCAAGUGCGUCGAGGGCGGGGAUCUGCCCAAUAUGCUGCUCUACGGACCUCCCGGCACCGGCAAAACCAGUACAAUCUUGGCGGCCGGCCGGCAGAUCUUUGGGGACAUGUUCAAGGAUCGCAUCCUGGAGCUGAACGCCUCCGACGAGCGGGGCAUCAAUGUGGUGCGCACCAAAAUCAAGAACUUCUCGCAGCUCUCGGCCAGCAGUGUGCGUCCGGACGGCAGACCGUGUCCGCCCUUCAAGAUCAUCAUUCUGGACGAGGCCGACUCGAUGACCCAUGCCGCUCAGUCCGCACUGCGUCGCACCAUGGAAAAGGAGAGCCGUAGCACCCGCUUCUGCCUGAUCUGCAACUAUGUCUCCAGGAUCAUUGUGCCCAUUACUUCGCGCUGCUCCAAGUUCCGCUUCAAGGCCCUGGGCGACGACAAGGUGAUUGCCCGUCUGCAGCACAUUUGCGAGAUGGAGGGCGUCAAGAUCGAGGAGGAUGCCUAUAAGUCCAUUGUUAAGAUUUCUGGCGGAGAUCUGCGCCGGGCCAUUACCACCCUGCAGUCGUGCUACCGCUUGAAGGGCCCCGAACAUGUCAUCAACACGGCCGAUCUGUUCGAGAUGUCGGGCGUUAUACCGGAUUACUAUCUGGACGACUACCUCGAGGUGUGUCGCUCGGGGAACUACGAGCGCCUGGAGCAGUUUGUGCGGGAGAUCGGCUUCUCCGCCUACAGCGUUGGCCAGAUGAUGGAGCAGUUUGUCGAGUACAUUGUCCACCAUCCGGGGCUGAAUGAUCCGCAAAAGGCCAAGAUCUGCGAUAAGCUCGGUGAAUGCUGCUUCCGGCUGCAGGAUGGCGGUUCCGAGUACCUGCAGAUCAUGGACCUCGGCUGCUGCAUCAUUUUGGCUCUAAAAUGAUUAUACUCUCAAAAUAUUCUUUAUACUUUUGUUAGCGUCUGAAGUUUAAAAUAUAUUUUAUAUUUAAUUUAAA